AGACUGGACUGAAAAUGAAGAAGAGAGUAGAGGCAGCAAAAAGUCAACAGCGAAGAAGUCUCUGUUUUAUGGCAUCCUUUUCCAGUUUCCUUUAGGACCUUUAAAAUAAAGUAAAAAUAAAAAUAAAAAAUUAAUUAAUUAUUCAUUCCCAGACUCCCACGAUAGCGGUUAUAAAUCAUCACACAGUUCCUAAGCUCGCAUAAAACUUUAAUUUCUCCAGUUUUAUUUUAUUUUCCCUUUUUAAAGAAAAAGGUUUCAAAUGUUCUCUCUUUUAUUUCUUUAUUACUCGUCAUCAUUGCCAUUCUGUUUUUAUUCAAUUGCUUGUGCGAAGUCAUCAGAAGAAGAAGAAGAAAGGGGCACCGCCAAAUAAACAAAAGCCAAGCCAUUUUCUAGCUUUCAUUGGGUGUUUGAGAAUUUAGGCAACAAGUUUUGAUCUUGGAAGGUGGGUCUGGUUUGGAAUUUGGAUUGGAGGUGAUUACAAGAGUUGGAUGCUGAAGAUUUAGCUCCAGUACUUCCUUUUUUAUGGAUAGGUUAUGCUGUUUUAGCGGUUCCUACUCUCAGGAACUGCUUUGCAAUAUUUGGUAAAUUGAAGUGAUUUUGGGUAUUCUACUUGACUGAGGAUGCUAAAGCCGAGUAUUUACUUUCUUCUGCUGCAUUUCUGAAGCUGGGUACAAGGGAUAUUCAGUUGCCUUCAAUACUAGAAUACUUAGGCCACAAUUUCCAUAGGUGCUGAACUUCUGAAUUGAGCCAACACGUGCGGACCAAAAAUGAACCAACAUGUUUCUAACUGGCUGCUCUCUUGGUUUGGUGCAUUAAAAAUAAGUUAUGGGGGACGUUCAUCAUCUGGCUCUGGUAAGGGAAGAAGCCACGAUGGGUUAGCAAAGUAUGGUUUCAGCCUGGUAAAAGGAAAAGCUAAUCAUCCAAUGGAGGAUUAUCAUGUUGCUAAGUUUGUUCGGAGCCAAGGACAUGAGUUAGGAUUGUUUGCUAUAUAUGAUGGCCAUUUGGGAGACACUGUGCCUGCAUAUCUACAGAAGCAUUUGUUUUCAAAUAUCCUUAAGGAGGAAGAGUUUUGGGUCGACCCUAACAGAUCUAUCUUAAAAGCCUAUGAGCGGACGGACCAGGCAAUUCUCUCUCAUAGUUCUGACUUGGGGCGUGGUGGGUCCACUGCUGUAACUGCAAUAUUGUUAAACGGUCAGCGAUUAUGGGUGGCAAAUGUUGGAGAUUCACGGGCAGUUCUUUCAAAGGGUGGUCAGGCAGUACAGAUGUCUAUAGACCAUGAGCCCAAUACUGAACGAGGCAGCAUUGAAAACAAAGGUGGCUUUGUCUCAAACAUGCCAGGAGACGUUCCUAGGGUCAACGGGCAGCUGGCUGUUUCUCGUGCUUUUGGAGACAAAAGCCUCAAGUCACAUUUGCGAUCAGAUCCCGACGUACAAGAUACCUUCGUAGACAAUACUACUGAUGUUCUAAUCCUUGCCAGUGAUGGUCUUUGGAAGGUCAUGGAUAAUCAAGAGGCAGUUGAUAUUGCAAGAAAGAUUAAAGACCCUCUGAAGGCAGCUAAGCAACUAACAGCUGAAGCACUGAAAAGAGAUAGUAAAGAUGAUAUUUCUUGCGUUGUUGUUAGAUUUAGGGGAUGAUACCAGUAAAACCAUAUUGCUUUCCGGGUGCAGUAUAUAGCAAUAAAUCAAGUUUCGUCGCAUGCAAGGCUGAUUUAUGAAUGGAUUACACAACAACAACAAAUACAUACCUGGUUGGGGUAAACCUUGAAUGAGUUAUGCAGCAUGGAAAUUGGCCAAAGAAAAAGAAGGGAGAAAUAGUGGAAUGCUUCCCACUGUAAAUUUAUGCUCUUAUUUAUGUUCUGGUGUUUGAUAUUGUUUGAAUUCUUUGAGAAGGUGAUUUAGUUUGAUGUAUAUGUGGCCAUUUUACUUUACUCAAAUGACCAAGCGGCUAUGUAGAUGACAUGCUUCUGUUUGUGAUUGGAGGAAUGCAUUUUGUUUUGGACCAGGUUUUUCCUUUUGCGGUAUCAAAUUUGUUGAAGACUGCUUACCAGUGGAGAUUUUAGCUGGGAUAAUACAAUUCUUUGUUCUUCCCUA